CACUGGUUGAGGUUCUGGGUUUUAGUAAUUAGGGGCAAUUAUCUAUUUGACCCCACACAAAUAUAAUUUAGCCUUUCUCCGUUGCAUUGCGAUUGGCUUUUCUUCCACUUCGCUGCAGAUCGGAGAUCCCUUGCAGCUGCGAAAUCCAUUGGAGCCGCCACCGCCACCGCCACCGCCACCGCCAUCAUAGCAGGCGCGGUUGGUCGGGAUAUUUGCCGGGAAACUCCAACGCCACCGAGUAAAUCCUCAGCCAUAGACGCCGUUUUUCUUGGAGCCCCAACUCUAUCCCCCUCGCUGCAAACUAACGCAGGGAGGUGAGAUCCCCUGCAAACCCUAGCCAUGGAGAAGGAAAAGUCGAGCCGGAGGACCAGAGAGGAGCGCGAGAGAGAUCGAGACUCAACAAAAGAUAGCAGGAGUCGGGAUCGAGACCAAGACCGCAAACAUCGGAGCAGAGAUGUUCGAUCGAGAGACAGCGACGACGAGCAUCAUCAUCACCGCAAAGAAAAGCACCAUCGUUCGUCGAGGGAAGACAAGCAUCGAGACCGAUCGGACCGUGAAUCGAAACGGGAGCGGUCUCACGAGCGCGAAUCUAAGCGCGAAAAAUCUCACGAGUUGAGGAACGAGAGAGAAGGUAGUGGAGAUAGGGCUUAUGACCACGAAACUAAGCGCGAAAAAUCUUACGAUUUGAAGAAUGAGAGAGAAGGAAGUAGGGAUAGGGCUUAUGAUCGCGAAUCUAAACGCGAGCGGUCGUACGAGUUGAGGGACGGGAGAGAAGGAAGUAAAGAGAGGGUUCGGGAACGUGAGAGUAAGCGCGAGAGGUCACAUGAGCCACCGCGAAGUGAUAGAGAAGGUAGUAGGGAUAGGGUUUUGCGGGAGGAGUCGGUGGAGAGACGGCAUUCAUUGCAUUCUCACAAGAGGAAAGAGCGGGGAGAGAGUGAGGAUAGAGUUGAUGGCAGCGAAAAGAGAGUUAGGGUUUCGGGUGGGGUAAAGGAGGAGAGGAAGGAAAGGAGGCGGUUUGAAGAUAGGGUUGAGGAUGAGAAGGGCUUGAAUGGAGAUGAGAGGGAAGAGAGGAGGGGGAGGCAAAGAUUUGAGGAUGGAGUGAAGGAUAAUGAGUUAAAGGAUGUCAAUAUGAGCACCAGGCAAGAGAGGAAAGAGAGGAGGAAAUUUGAAGAUCGAGUAAAAGAAGAACUGGACCCAGGUGUGCCAGAGGAAAAUAGCCACAUGGUUUUGGAUGCCAAGAAAGUGAAGAAAGAGGAGCCUGAUGAGCAGUUUGAUAGUGUUCAAAGCAAUGCUCGUAAUGGGAGUGGUUCCAUGGGGAAUGGCCCUGCUUUGGAACAACUCAGUUUGUCAGCAAGGAAUGUGCCUGAGACUUCUUUGGCCCCUAGUCACCCCCUUUCUACCAAGGUAUCUUCAAUUACUACCACAAAUGAAAAUAAGGGAGUUAGUAUUACCAGAUCUCAUGAGGUUCCUGGAAAAUCCAGUACAGAUGGAUCAUCUUCAGCUGCUGGCCAGAGUGGAAGUCUCUCCCUUGAUGCUUUAGCAAAAGCUAAGAAAGCUUUACAAAUGCAGAAGGAAUUGUCAGAAAAGCUGAAGAAAAUUCCUCUGUUAAACAAGGGUGCAAGCUCAAGCUCAAGCUCAUAUGGUAGCACACAGGUGGGAGUUCAAGUGCCUUCUUCUAGUGCUGGAAUACUGCCUCUGCCUGUCUCAUCAGCUGCUGCUGCUGCUGUGACCAUGCUUACUGGGGCAACCCCAAGUGUAUCAACUUUACCUGUUGAUGCUGCAGCUUCUGUGAAACCACCUGAAAGUGUCAUGGUUUCUCUUGCUGGGCUUACAAACAUACACAGCUAUGAAGCUGUAAAACGUGCACAGGAGCUUGCUGCGAAGAUGGGAUUUCGCCAGGACCCAGAGUUUGCUCCUCUAAUAAAUAUGUUUCCAGGGCAGGUGCCAACAAAUACUGCUGUUGUCCAGCCAAAGCCUGCCAAGGCUCCUGUUCUUCGUUUGGAUGCUCUGGGCAGGGAAAUAGAUGAGCAUGGAAAUGUAGUUAAUAUGCCAAAAUUGAACAAUCUUAGCACUCUAAAGGUCAACAUUAACAAGCAGAAAAAAGAUGCAUUUCAAAUUCUUAAGCCUGAAUUGGAUGUGGAUCCAGAAUCAAAUCCUCACUUUGAUGCAAGUAUGGGAAUUAAUAAAAACAAGCUUUUGAGGCCCAAGAGGAUGAAUUUCCAGUUUGUGGAGGAAGGUAAAUGGUCAAGAGAUGCAGAGAUUAUUAAAUUGAAGAGUCAAUUUGGAGAAGCACAAGCAAAAGAGCUAAAGGCAAAGCAAGCUCAGCUUGCCAAGGCAAAGGCAGAGCCCGGCAUAAAUCCAAAUCUGAUAGAGGUAUCCGAGAGAGUUAUCACUAAAGAAAAACCAAAAGACCCAAUUCCUGAAAUUGAGUGGUGGGAUGUGCCCUUCUUGCUUUCUGGUAUGUAUGAUGGUGUCAGUGACGGUGAAAUAACUGAAGAAAAACUGAAGAUGGACAAGAUCACCAUUUAUGUUGAACACCCUCGUCCUAUCGAGCCCCCUGCUGAGCCAGCCCCGCCACCGCCUCAACCCCUGAAGCUGACCAAGAAGGAGCAGAAGAAACUUCGUACACAGCGGCGUCUGGCUAGGGAAAAAGAUAGGCAGGAGAUGAUUAGGCAGGGACUGAUAGAACCCCCAAAACCAAAAAUUAAAAUGAGCAAUCUCAUGAAAGUUUUAGGCUCUGAAGCGACCCAAGAUCCCACUAAGCUUGAAAUGGAAAUACGGAGUGCAGCUGCUGAGCGGGAACAAGCUCAUGUGGAUAGGAACAUAGCACGUAAACUUACUCCAGCUGAACGUCGUGAGAAGAAAGAGAAGAAACUUUUUGAUGAUCCAAAUGCCCUUGAGACUAUAGUUUCUGUCUACAAGAUCAAUGAUCUUUCACACCCGCAAACUCGCUUCAAGGUUGAUGUUAAUGCCCAGGAGAACAGGCUGACUGGAUGCACUGUGAUUUCAGAUGGUAUAUGUGUGGUGGUGGUUGAAGGUGGAAGCAAAUCCAUCAAGAGGUAUGGGAAACUUAUGCUUAGGCGCAUAAACUGGGCUGCUGCCGUGGAAAAUGAAGGUGAAGAGGGAGAUGACCAUGAGGAGAAGCCUGUUAACAAGUGUGUGUUAGUGUGGCAAGGAAGCGUAGCCAAGCCUAGCUUCAAUAGGUUUUUUGUUCACGAGUGCAGAACUGAAGCUGCUGCUCGGAAAGUUUUCUCUGAUGCUGGGGUUGGUCACUACUGGGAUCUUGCUGUCAACUUCACAGAUGACCAAAUGUAAUUGGAGAUCUUCAUGAACGGCAGGCAAGUUUUCCCCAUUUAUUUGACAACCAUUGUUCAAGUUGUACUGCUGUUCUGAAAGCAAGCAGAGUCAACAUUUUACUUGAUCCAAUGUUUGCUCCGAAAGCAAGCAGAGUCCAACCUUCUACUUGUCACAUUGUUGAAUGUAUGAGAGACGUUAAUAUGUUUAUAUCGGUCAAUCAAGCUCUUUACGCUCUUGCAUGUGGACCAUUUAUUGAAGACCAUUCGCAAAAAAAAAAAAAAAAAAAAAAAAAAAGGAGAGGAAAUUGCAUCUCACCUCCAUGUUGUGUUUACAUGGACGCCCCUCCCAAGGCUUUCUAUUUUUGGUCUUCUGUAGUAUUUGUUUUGUUCAUGUAUGAUGUAGGAACCAUGUGUGUUUUUUACCUGCAAUAAAAUGAAAUGCAUUCAUUUUAUUA